AUGCAACAGUUCCGUCCUCGCUAUGCAAUAAACCGCCCUGCCUACUCUCAGCUAGAUUUUGAUGAGGAGUUUAACAGAAAGAAAAGAAACUAUCCUUUAAAAGACAAAGUGAAAAAAGUGUUCAGAUGCUCGAGUGGGCGACUAAAACAUCUUUUCUUCAGACACCUUCCAGUGCUCAGCUGGUUUCCAAAAUACAAUUUUAAACAGAACCUGUUGUGUGAUGUCAUCAGUGGAGUCAGUGCAGGCACCAUCCAGGUUCCUCAGGGCAUGGCUUUUGCCCUGCUCGCUAAUCUACCUCCAGUGAAUGGGCUUUAUUCGUCGUUCUUCCCACUCAUUCCAUACUUCUUUAUGGGCACGGUGCCGCAGAUGGUGCCAGGUACUUUUGCUGUGUUAAGUAUCAUGGUGGGUAUUGUGUGUUCAAAUCUUGCACCUGAAUCAAACUUCAGCCAUUUUAACGACACCCUCAAUGCCACUGUAGUGGAUGAGAAGAGCAUGAAUGAAGUCCGACUGGCAAUAUCGGGCACUUUAGCCUGUCUGACUGCCAUCAUACAGAUUGGUCUAGGCAUGAUGCAGUUUGGAUUUGUCGCCAUAUACCUUUCUGAGUCAUUUGUCAGAGGCUUUAUGACAGCUGCAGGGCUGCAGAUUUUCAUUUCUGUGCUGAAGUACAUCUUUGGGAUUAAAGUUCCACCAUAUAGUGGACCUCUGGCUAUCAUUUAUACCCUUAUAGACAUAUGCAAGGGGCUACCCAAAACCAAUGUGGCAUCUCUCGUGUUCGCCCUUGUCAGCUCUGUGAUACUGAUCAUAGUAAAGGAACUGAACACUCGUUACCGCCAUAAAAUCCCCUAUCCCAUUCCUAUUGAGAUCAUUGUUGUAGUUGUUGCUUGUGCCAUCUCUGGGCCACUGCAUCUGCCUGAGCAUUUCCACAUGGACAUAGUAGGAGAAAUUCAGUUGGGAUUUCCAGCCCCCAUCGUACCCAUUGUGACAGACUGGACGGAUAUGUUGAGUAUUGCUUUUUCACUCGCCAUUGUGGGAUAUGUAAUCAAUCUAGCCAUGGGAAGGACACUGGCCUCCAAACAUGGUUUUGAUGUGGAUCCCAAUCAGGAGAUGCUAGCUUUGGGCUUUAGUAACUUCCUAGGUAGUUUUUUUAAGAUCCAUGUGAUCUGCUGUGCUUUGUCUGUUACACUAGCUGUGGACAGUGCAGGAGGGUCUUCACAGUUUGCCAGUUUUUGUGUCAUGCUGGUUGUUAUGGUCACAAUGCUGGCUUUGGGAGUCUAUCUAAAACCACUUCCCAAGUCAGUGUUGGGAGCACUUAUAGCUGUUAACCUGAAAAACACACUGCUGCAGAUCUCAGACCCAUAUUACCUCUGGAAAAAGAACAAACUAGACUGUUGUGUAUGGGUCGUGUCUUUUUUGUCAACCUUCUUCCUGAGUUUACCACUUGGUGUUGCUACUGGUGUGAGCUUCUCCAUUCUUGUAGUUAUUUUCCAGACUCAGUUUCGUAAUGGUUCAGAAGUGGUUCAAGUUUUGGAUACAGAUCUGUAUAAGAAUCCAAAGGUCUACAAUGAGGGAAAAGCCGUUGAAGGUGUAAGAAUAGUAAGCUACUGCUCACCUCUUUACUUUGCCAAUGCAGAAAUAUUUCGUCAAAAGGUCAUUAAAAAGACUGGUUUUGAUCCAGGAAAGGUGCUUCUGGCUAGAAGGAAGUUUUUGAAAAAACAACAAGAGAAAGAAAAGCAAGAGAUUAAAGCCAAACAGAAUGAAGAGAAAAGGAUGUCCAAAAAGAGGAAAAUGAGCUCACUAGUUACCAUGAAGUCUCGCACCAUUUCUCAAAUUGAUCUGCAGAGUGACUUUUACACCAAUGGCACAGGUAGUACAGAUAUGCCCACAAGUUAUGCCAACCCAUAUUGUGAAAUCACCAGUUACACUGAGUCAUUUCCAGAGCCCAUGCCUGCCAGCCCUCCUCCUGUUAUAAUGGAGAUGCAGCCCAUGCCCUUCCAUACACUCAUCUUGGACCUGGGUGGAGUCUGCUUUAUUGACCUGAUGGGCAUUAAAGCCCUCAGCAAGAUGAGCAACACGUAUAAUAUGGUGGGAAUUGACCUCUACUUGGCAAAUGUUCAAGCUCAGGUGUUUGAGGAACUGGAAACUGGAGGACUAUUUGAAGAAAGCUGCAUUACUCCCACCCACAUAUUCCUAUCAGUUCAUGACGCAGUUUUGUUUGCCCAGCACAAGUCAGUGAGUCAUGGCACAGCACAAGAGACAGACAGAGAGAGGGUAAUGGUGUCCUUUGAUAUAGAGGAGACAGAAAGAGACCUGGAGCAGGAAUUGUUCUAA